AUGCCGACGGUGAAACGAUACGACGGCCGUUCGCGCAGUACUGUUACGUGGGAUGGCCUUAGAAAGGACAAGGAACUGUGGCAUUCUCAAGGCAACUGCUUUGUUCAUUUGUACGCCCAAGGACAGUCCAAAAGAGGCCCUGCCAUACGCAUUCCCAGAGCAGCCCUCGAUCUUGCACGAUGUACCCCUCUAAAUGAGCAAGUUGUCGCAGAGCCGUCCGAAGACGGCACUAUUCAGCAGUGGUCUCUCUAUCUCCCAGCCCCUAGCCAUUACUCGCGAAAAAGCGCUUUCCAAUAUCAUAUUACGACUCGAAACUUCUUUGCUUUUUUGUUCGGCAGACCCUUGGUUGGCACCAAUCUUGGAAAGUCCCUUGCCGAUCUUCAAGCUCGACUAGCACUCUAUCGUGAUGCUGAUGUUGACAUCUUUGAUGAACUGAGGGGUUAUGCUCGAACUAUGGGAUAUAUGAGCUUUGCUCAUUGCCCCGAUCACGCGCUGGCUAUACUCUACUACUCGGAAGAGUUCCAGAUCCAAGACAUGUGGAUCGAUGCAUUCGCACACUGCGUUGGUAUGAACGAAGAAUUGGAUCUCAGCGAGGAGUUUGCUCUAGUCAGUCAAGCCACCAAGUCUCAAAUCAUGAAAACCUCCCUCGAGGUCAAGGUGCAUCUCGAGCGCGUCGAAGAAGCCAUGGGAUCCUUCCUAGAAGAAGACAUAUCACCCUACAACUUGGGCCUAUCUACAGCGGCCCGAGACCAUCUAGACCGGUUUCGGUCUUUCCUCCACGCUUAUUACGUGCGGAGGUAUGGAUACUGGCCCCCCGUGAGUCUGCAAGCUUUCAACAAGGAACUCUACACAUCUAUGUACUUCGACUUCCGGAACCUAUACGACUACCUGGUAGACACUGAAUCAACUGAGUCUCAAGCAUUGCUGCACCCAAGCAAUGGAGGCGUUUGUGUCUUGGAAAACGUUCAGGCUUUCAAUUCUCGCAAUCGAUACGAGCCCCUUCCGCACCCGCUACCGUUGUUACCAGAAAUUCCGCGAGAAUCAUCAUUGGGCGGACGUCGUAAUUUAAUAGGACUUGGUAGUAGGAAGAACAAAGCCGAAGAGCGAGCCGCACAGUUGCGGGCUCUGAUAGCAGCGACUAAUUCAAUAAAUCGCGAGGCUACCUCCAAUGCAUUCGUACGCGAGUACAUGUACUUUGAAAAGGAGUGCUGUGAGCGUAGCGAGGAGCGUAUUUCAUCCGCCGACGCUCGUAAGGUUCGGUGGCUCCUUACUUAUGGCAUACUGCAGAUGCUCAUUCAUGCUAUUCGGGCGCCGCCUGAGGUCCGCAACACCAAAGGUGUCGGCUAUUCUCUUUGCUGUUUAGUGUGUCCGACUCCUUCAUGGCAAUUGGGAAGCAGGCAAUCUUUGCCAUCAAGCCCGUUAUCACCGCUAUCUAUCAUGGAAAAUAACUGGAACUCAAAGUCGUCGUCGAAGGGCACGAUGAACACACCAUCGUCUGAUGACGUAUUGCCGCCCAUAAGAUCGAACGCUGGCAUGAGUGACUCCGAUAGCGGUGAGGGAAGUAGGCCCGGAAUGUCUACGUCUAAUACUACUUUGACUCCAACUGUAUCGGACGAAUUGUUGGCCAAGGCUACUCCUGCAGACAGAUCCCAAAACAAUCCCGCAAUUUUAGAACGAAGACGUCUCUUGUCCAUUUCUCUGCGCGAUGACAUAACUGCACAGUCAAUACUGCCUCCCUUGGAUGAAUCAACUCCUCGCGCUUCUGCAAAAAUCUCCGACGAAGUGGCAUCCUCUGCUGUGCGAUUAGACCCCUCGGGCUCGAAACAGCAGGAUAGCACAGUAUAUACGCCGACUUUUGACACACUUGGAAGUCUUGAAGAGCACGAUAUCGUCGAUAUCCGAUCUUCUGCUUCUAACUCAUCGUGCAAGUCUUCAUACGCAUCUUCCCCAACGUUCUCCGACGAGUUUGUUGCAGCAUCACCUGCGAGCUCUUUAGUGUCUAUACGCUGUCAUAGCACAAGUAGUCCUGAUGACCGUCGCAUCAGGUCACAAGAAACUUCGCCUCAGGAAGCCACACCAAAAGCGCUACUUUCUUCAUCAUCAUCCAACCAUACCUGCGACUACUCCUCGCUUCAGACUUCAGAAGAGAAAGAAGUUGUAAUAUCAACUCCUUCUAUCCUUCGGGGUUCUGCGAAGAUCCAGGCCGCCCUAUCACGCAUGAAGAAGCUCGACCUCUCUUCACCGAUUCACAAGCCACAGCCCAUCCCAACUGACGAGCCGGACGAGUUCGACGACCUUGAUAACGACGAUGAUGCAACCCCCCCUGCAGUUCCCCUUCGUAGAAAUGAUCGUCGCGCAGCACAGCUUGCAGCCUACCAAGCCUUCGCAUCCCAGACAGGGCCUCUCCCAUCGCCCCAGCUAUCGAACUACUCAUCAUAUUCAGUGCAGUCCACCCGCCAUCCCCUCUCUUCAGACGUAUCGGACUCACGCCCCUCAUCCCAAAACUCUCUCCCCUCCUCUCAGCACUCAAGGACCGCGUCGAAACCUGCACUUGACACUGCAGCCGUCGUGCGUAAGCCGGCAUACGAAGUACGCGCUGGUCCCUGCGCACCCUCUCUGCCUAGUCAAAUGGAUCUCGGCAGUGGUAUCUUCGUGCAAACGACCAUCUCGACGGUCACAACCACAAUUCCUCUAUUAAGUGGCAGUUCCGAGAACGAGCUGACGCCCCGCAACGACCAGAUGACUGUACCUCCUUUGCCGCGGGCUAGUGAGUCAAGCGAAGACUCGCGGCGUGAGGCUCUGCCGUUCGAGUUUGAGAAUGGGCCGCCGAGUCCGGACAUGAAGAAGGGUAUGUUUAGUGUCUUUGGGGCUGGGAAAGGUAUUCGCGGGUUGAGGCGUCAAGGGACGAUCGAGGGACUGAGGUCGAUGGUAGGAGUAUGA